UUUCAACCAACAACUCAGAGCUGAAUAGAUAGAUAUUCAUAACUGAAAGUUGAAAUUGUGUGAACCAACAAAUUGGAAAGUUGGAAGAAACAAAAAAAUGAAAAUGUUCAAAGUCGAGUGCAAAGUUGACAGUAAAAAGUGAAAAAGGUUUAAAUCAAAAGUUGCAACAAUACAAAAUGUUUAACCAACUAUAAACAAAUUGAAUUUUGCUCAAUUAGUUUAGUUUAUUCAUUGCCAGUUUGUUUCCCAAUUUAUCUCUCGUUUCCAAUUACCAUCAAACUUGACCUGUUCAUUAUCAUCGCCCAACCAAAUGAUAUGAAAAGUUGAAAAAAAUCAAUUAGCAAGCAAGUUUAUCCAUUUUGUGCUCUCAAAGGAUUAACAAAACAAAAGGCCAGCAAAGUUUUAUUUUUGUGCCAACAAAAAGUUGAUCAAUAAAAGUGAACAAAAGAAAAAUAUUUUUCCCAAAAAAUCGUUUCUUUGGGUUAAAUCAUGAGUUUCAGUGGUCUUUUAGUGUUGCUCAUGUUUACCAAUUUAAUCACUAAUAGUUCAACCAAUCACUUUACUUGGAUCCAUCGAUUUCUCACCGAUCAAUCAUCACGUUCCUCACCCUCAUCAAUCCCUUUAUCAUCUUCAUAUUCUUCCUCAUCUUCGCCAGUUUCAUCAUCUUUAUCGGCUUCUUCAACCACAUUCAACCAUUUUGGUUACAAUGUUUAUCCCAGUAAACAUAAUGAAAGCAAUAUCAAUAAAAUUAGUGUUAAACAAGAGCCAAUACAGCAACAUGUUGAACAUGCUAAUCCAAUCCAUCAUCAUCACCACCAUGUAAGAAGCAAUGCCAAUGGAAACAAUCAUAUUAAUAGUUUACCGUCUUCCAAACCAAUUAGCUUAGAGGCUGGCAAAGGUUCAUCUUUGCCAUCAACAAAUUUUCAUGCAAAAAGUGAUAAUUUUAUUGUUAAUAAUGAUGAACCUCUAAAUAGUUUGGUUAAAGCAAGAUUUGAUAGAAAUACUUCCCUUUCAAGUUUACUGGGUCAAAGUGAGAUUACGGCUGAUCAACCUCUUAAUCGUUCACGAUUCAGUUACCUUUCCAAGAAUGGUAAAGUGUACAGUUGGCCGGUUAAGAGAGCAGCCGAGGUUAAUGGAGAUGUUAUCCUGGGUGGCUUAAUGAUGGUCCAUCAACGUGAAGACAGGAUGACUUGUGGUGAGAUAAUGCCUCAAGGUGGUAUCCAAGUGGUUGAGUGUAUGCUUUACACACUUGAUUGGAUUAAUAAUCAAGAAGAUUUUCUUCCUGGAAUAACUUUAGGUGCUUAUAUUCUUGAUGAUUGUGACAAAGACACUUAUGGUCUUGAACAGGCUGUAGAUUUCAUCAAAGGUUCAAUUAGUAACAUUGGUGAAGGAACAUACUUCUGUAAAGACGGAUCAACUCCAGCACUUGAACAACGAGUUAUCUCUGGUGUUCUUGGUGCUGCAUCCAGUGUUACCUCAAUUCAGGUUGCAAAUCUUUUAAGACUCUUCAGAAUACCUCAAAUAAGCUUUUUCUCGACUUCACCUGAACUCAGUAAUAAGGAGAGAUUCAAAUAUUUCCUGCGAACUGUUCCAUCAGAUAGGAAUCAAGCUCAAGCCAUGGUUGAUAUAAUUUUGAGACUUAAUUGGACUUAUGUUAGUGUGCUUUACGAGGAAUCAAAUUAUGGAGCAAAGGCAUUCGAAGUGCUCGAUGAUUUACUCACUGCCCGAGGCAUUUGCAUUGCUGUUCGUGAAAAACUUCCAAAGGAUUCUGGUGUUGCUCAUGAGAAAACAUACGAUUCCAUUUUGCAUAAACUGUUGGCCAAACCAAGAGCAAGAGGUGUUGUCGUUUUUGGCUCCGACCAGGAGGUUAAAGAUUUGAUGGAAAGUGUUAGACGUAAUAAGGUUACUGGUAGAUUCCAGUGGAUUGGGAGUGAUGGAUGGUCUGCCCGUGCUUUGGUUCAUGUUGGUAAUGAGGCUGAAGUUGAGGGAACUCUUUCAGUGCAGCCACUGGCCAAUCCUGUGAAAGGAUUUGACGAUUACUUUCUUAGUCUGACACCUAAAAAUAACAAACGAAAUCCUUGGUUCAUUGAAUUCUGGGAACAUUAUUUCGCCUGUAAAUGGAACAAUAGUCAGAUAACACCAUUUAACCAAGAAUAUGAAAAAUUCUGUACUGGAGAGGAACGAAUGAGCUAUCAAAAUGGUUAUCAAUCUGAACGUCAAUUGCAAUUCGUUAGUGAUGCAGUUCUUGUCUUUGGUUAUGCACUUCGUGAAAUGCACAAGGAACGCUGUGGUGGACAGCCUGGAAUAUGUGAUAAUAUGAACGUUAAUGAUGGAGACAUUUUAUUGGAAUAUUUGAAGAAAGUUCAAUUUACAGGUCUUUCAGGUGAUGAUUUUCGUUUCAGUGAAAACCAGAACGGACCCAUUCGUUACAACAUAUUGCACUUCAAGAGAAUCUCAACCGAUGAAUGGGCCUGGGUCAAAGUGGGCAAAUACGAGGAUAAAAUUUUAGAUUUAAACAUGGAUUUAGUUCGUUUUACACAGGAAAAUCCUGAAAUUCCGUCAUCAGUUUGCAGUCCACCUUGUUCGAAGGGUCAAGCCAAGAAGUACAUUGACGGAGAAAAGUGUUGCUGGCACUGUUCCGAUUGUGGCAAAUACCAGAUACUGGCAAGUGAAACAGAGUGUUACAAUUGUGCCAAUGGUUACUUACCAGAUGAAAGUCAAUCCGUUUGCAUUCCAAUUCCCGAAGAAUACGUCAACAUAAACUCUUCCCUAGUUAUCGGAGCGAUAACUUUUAGCUCAACAGGAGCAUUGACAGUCCUCUGGAUCAUUUGUGUCUUCAUAAAGUACAAAGAAACUCCAAUUGUUCGUGCUUCAGGUCGAGAAUUGUCUUUCGUUUUACUUGUUGGCUUACUAUUUUGCUAUUCCAUUACCUACCUCUUGAUGCUUCGACCCACCAAUUUUGUUUGUGGCCUCAUUCACACCAUGAUUGGAUGCUCAUUUUCCAUUGUCUACUCUUCCCUUCUCACCAAAACCAAUCGCAUUUCACGCAUCUUUGAUGCAGGCAAAAAGUCUGCCCAACGACCCAGCUUUAUAAGUCCACAAUCGCAACUGUGCAUUUGCAUCUUCAUGAUUCUCAUCCAAGUGAUUAUCACUCUUCUCUGGUUUGCCUUUCAUCCACCCAAAUCGGUUCACAUGUAUCCAACCCGAGAAGACAAUUUGAUCACUUGCUCAUCCAACGAGUCGGUCGACUUUUUCCUUGCCUUUGCUUAUCCUUUUAUACUCAUCUUUGUGUGCACCGUUUAUGCCGUUUUAACCCGCAAAAUUCCCGAAGCUUUCAACGAAUCAAAAUACAUUGGAUUCACUAUGUAUACAACUUGUGUAAUUUGGAUUGCAUUCAUUCCCAUCUAUUUUACAACUCGCCAAGACAUUACAUUAAACAUUACAACGCUUUCCUAUUCAAUCAACUGUUCAGCUACAAUAGCAGUAGCUUGCCUUUUCUCACCCAAACUGUACAUUAUACUGUUACAUCCAGAGAAAAAUAUUAGACAAUCAAUGAUGCCUCACAAUAAGUACGGUACAACAAAAGUCCAAAAUCCACCAACACUGAUAACCUGCACUUCGUCUGGUCGAAUGGAGUCAGCGACGCAGUCUGAAGAAACGGAAAUGUUGCAUCGUCAUCGAACCAACCAUGACUGUCAACCUGAAAAGGUUCAUUCACAGACUCAAACAUCACCAGUCAUUUCGUACCAAGAGAUUCCACUCGUCAAUUCAUACAACAGCAACCAUCUGAAUCAGAUUAAAACAAAUUCCUGACUAGGAGAGUGGCUAUGAUUAGCACCAGAAAAUUUCUUCCACUUUUUAUCGAACCUGGAUGGCGUCUUAUUGGUUCAGUAAAGUGUUCGGCGAAUUCCAGGUUUACGAAGUCGAAUGACUGGCACCAAUUUUACUUCCAAACUGUAUAAAUGUAUAAUAAACUGGAACCGAUUGUCAACGAUUCCACUUUACAUAUUAGUGUACAUUGAAUGCCUUUCAGUUUCGAGUUGUUUCAUCAUUUUAUAUUUACUCAACUUUCACCCAUCAAAUGAUCUGUGCAAGUCUAUUGCUGAACAAAAGUGCUCUCAUAUCACUUGUUCAUGUCCAUCAAUUUGAAUAUAUUUAUCGUUAGAUUGUUGACAAGAUUGAAGAAAUUUCACAAAAAGUUGAUUAUUUUUGAAGCAUUUGUUUCAAACGUUGAAAGUGAAGCAUUUUGCAAUUACCAUUUCCUGAUCAAAGUCAAGUCAUUUCGCAAAGAUUUUAUUUAUAAGAGAAGAUUUUGAAGAAAUCUCAAUUCAAGGUUUCCCAAUUAACCUAAUUCUGUUCCCAUCUCUGCUUUCACCUGAAAGAUAUAAAAAUAUAAGUCCAUAAUUUACCCUCUCAGGUUAAUGAGCAUAAAUUUUUGAAUUGACACAAAUGAAAAUGCUUCGAAGGGCGAAUGUUUGUAGAUAUUAAAUGUAAUCAAAAGUCCGAUUUCCAAUUAAUCUUUGUAAAUAUCGACUUAUUUGUUACACUAAUUAUAUAUAAAAUUGUGAACUUUCUUUUUUUGUUUAUUAAAAAU